CUUUAUACAACUAGUAUGCCGGUGGCUAGCCGUGCCGGUACUGCGGUAGAUCUAGAUGAUGUGGUAAAACAUUGUGACAACUCGAUGAAAAUGGAGGGUCUGUCUCGUAGUUCUAACUUCAAAUUGAAGUUAUCCAAGUUGAUUGAGGCCGAGCCAGAGAGAGACAAGCUCUAUCAGUGCUUGAGAGAUUACCAGCUAACCCAUGAGAUACAAGAUUUUGUAGACGCAUUGAAGUCUGUGAUUGUUCAUCCUGACAGUCUGGCUUUGUUUGAGGAUGUGCGUUCAUUCAUUCAGCCUUCCCAACAAAUUCUUUACAGUCAGCUCAUCCCUCCAAUGCCAAGUAAGAAACUGAGGACCGUCAGACUCAUUCGACGUGGCAAGGAAAACCUUGGCUUUGCUUUGCGAGGCGGUGUUGAGUUUGGAGUAGGGAUGAUUGUGUCUGAAGUUGUUGAAGAGUCUCAGGCUGCUAGGAAAGGACUCAAGGUUGGUGAUGAAAUUGUUCGUUUGAAUGGAUACAACAUCAGUCAGGCCACACACAAUGAAGUGAUAUCUACUCUUGGAGUGGGCAAAACACUCACACUGAAAGUGAGAAGUAUUGGCAUGGUUCCAAUGAAGAAUGAACAAGCAGAUCCAGUCAAAUGGAAGUUAGUCAUAGAGAGGCAAGUAGGUGUUGAGGUUAAUGCAGGAGCGGGCAAUGACAAAGACAAAGAGAUGGAUCGCAAGGUGUUUGUCAAUCUGCGGUCAGGAAAGAAGUUGGGCUGUGGUAUUGGCACUGGACAGAAAAAUGAGCCAGGCAUUUUUAUUUUUAAAAUAAGUCCAGGCUCAAUGGCUGAAACGCUGAAUUUCAAGAUUGGAGAUCAGAUUCUUGAUGUCAAUGGCACUAGCUUCCUGAAUAUCUCCCACGAUGCAGCUGUGAUGGAGCUCAAGUCAAGCAGCCAGCUGACUAUCACUCUACGAUCUAAGAAGAGACACCCUGAUGUUGGUCGGUCCGAGGUGCCUGUUGAUGAGGAAAGUCAACUUCCAUCAGAGACUGAACGGUUACCCACAGAAUCGAGUUCUACUCAGCCUGAGGCAUGGUGGGAUAAGAAUCCAUACAGUCUGUUCACUCACCGUCAGAUCGACGGGCGGAAGCUCUCUAAGAUAGAGAUUGUGAAGGACAUGCCCUUAGAGAUGCUGCUUGAAGGGGGUAUAGACUCUCCACUGGCUGGGAGGGUGGUUAUAGCUGAGGUCUAUGAGGGGGGGUCAGCCGAACGCAGUGGACAAUUUUUCAAAGGAGACCAACUGAUGAUGGUCGAUGGGAAGAGUAUGAUUGAUAUCCCGUUGACCACCGCUCAAGACAUACUGAAGGAGGCUAUGGUCUCUUCUGACGGUGCUGAGGUUUUGCGAUUGAUUACAGCUGUGUCUCCAGUCAAGAACUAUGAAGAUGAACUGACCUUCUUCUAGGUGCAAUUGUUUGUUUCUGUUAGAUGUCAACUGGGAUGAUUCUACUUGUUUUGUGUAGCUUUAUAAAAUGCACUUGAUUCCCUUUCAUUUGAACGAUUUGUUUUGUACAUGUAUUGUAAGUCAAUAUUGAGAUGACUUGGCAAGGUAGCAUUAUCUGAUAUUCAUAACUACCUGGGACAGUGUUUCUAUUCCUAUUGGUCAAAUUGUGACAUGUGACCGUGUAUUAACAUUUGAUAAUGCCUGCUGAGAAGCGAUAAUGCCUGCUGCUUCAAUCACUUGCUGGCACUUGGAUACGAUACAGUUUAAUUGGGUCUGAUUGGUCAGAAGCCUGUGUGCAUGCAAUGCGCCAUGCGCACGCCAAGUUCAUUGAAGGGGAUUCUGUUGGACAACUUUCAAAAGGAAUAUACCAUGAAAUGGAUGGGGGUGUUCAGGA